AGCUGGCCCCGGCACAGAGGGGCCGGGGUAGCAGGAGGGAGGGGGCUCGGGAGUAACUUUCCAGAAAAACAGCCAACGUGUAGCAGGAAUGACUCCAAGAGGUGGGGGAAAAAAGUUCAGUUACCACGUCGAAGCAGAGGACUCGCAAAGUAUUUUUCAAAUGGGCUCGGCUUUUCCUGUGCCUGUUUAAAACAUUAAAACCGUGUAGCGAGAGAGGCUGCGUGUGCUGGUCCCUCCCUCCCUCCCUCCCCCACCCCAGGCCGAGACGUCAUGGGAGGGAGGUAUAAAAUUUCAGCAGAGAGAAAUAGAGAAAGCAGUGUGUGUGCAUGUGUGUGUGUGAGAGAGAGAGAGAGAGGGAAGAGAGGGAGAGAGAGAAGGGGAACGAGAAAGGGAGGGAAGGAGAGGGCCGAGGGUAGGGGACUGAGCCACAGCGAGGCGAGACACAAAUGAGAAGAGGCUUGCCGACCAAGGAAUACCGCUUUCCGGAGUCAGCUGCUGUGAAUCGGCUUCUAUUUUCUUUUCCUUCUGAUUUUUUUUUCCCCUAAAGAGGAGCAAGGGACAGAAGCCAUGACCGAGGGAGAAGACAAGCUAAGAUGCUGGUGACUGUGGGUCCAAGUGGAUUAUCGGAGCUGUCUCCAAGAGGCCUGCCCUCUCCGCUUGCCAAUUGCACAUAAUCGCUCUCAUCCCAGCCAAUGAAGAGGAGAGGCAGCGUGAACAGAGUCAUUUAGAGAGCCCCAAGGAAGUGUAAACAAAAGGGGAAGCAUGAAUGGAGUGCUCGAGAGACAAGUGUGUCCUGCACUGCCCCCACCUUUAGCUGGGCCUGCGGCUGCCCAGCCCUGCUUCUCCCCACAUACCCACUGGUGAUUUUUUUUUUAAAAAAAAAAAACAAAAAACAACAACUUUUUUUUUUCUUUUCUUUUACAUUCUCUUUUCUUAUUCUUCUUCGGGGCAAGGCAGAGAUUCUGUUUUUUUGGGACCCAGCCAUGGCCCUUCUGCACUUUCUUUAAAAUACCCACUUUCUCCUCAUCACCAAACAGCGGUUGGCAAUAUCAGAUAUCCGCUCUAUUUAUUUUUACCUAAGGAAAAACUUCAACUCUCUUCCCACUCCCAGCUGCCUUGCCACCCCUCCCAACCCUCGGCUUGCCCUCCACCUGGCCUGCUGGGAGCCAGAGCCCAGCAGAACCUGUUUAGACAUAUGGACAAGAAUCCCAGCGCUACAUCGCACACACAGUCCGCUAUCUUCCCGGGGCUGCCAGCGCUUCCUGGGAGUCCUGAAGCCAUCACAGUGCAGUGAGUUCAUGCACCCUCUUGCCAAGCCUCAGUCUUUGGGAUCUGGGGAGGACGCCUGGUUUUCCUCCCUCUUUCUACUGGGGUCUCCUCCUUGCCAGGCCUCCCCUGCCCCCUGGCCUCGCUCCUGGGCUCACACCUGAAGAUGUACUUGCAAAGGGCUCUGGCGAUCCUGGCCCUACUGAACUUGGCCACGGUCAGCUUCUCUCUGUCCACUUGCACCACCUUGGACUUCGGCCACAUCAAGAAGAAGCGGGUGGAAGCCAUUAGGGGACAGAUCUUGAGCAAGCUCAGGCUCACCAGUCCCCCGGAGCCAUCGGUGAUGACCCACGUUCCCUAUCAGGUCCUGGCUCUUUACAACAGCACCCGGGAGUUGUUGGAAGAGAUGCGCGGGGAGAGGGAGGAAGGCUGCACUCAGGAGAACACCGAGUCGGAGUACUAUGCCAAAGAGAUCCAUAAAUUCGACAUGAUCCAGGGGCUGGCGGAGCACAAUGAGCUGGGUGUCUGCCCCAAAGGGAUUACCUCUAAGGUUUUUCGCUUCAACGUGUCCUCAGUGGAGAAAAACGGAACCAAUCUGUUCCGGGCCGAGUUCCGGGUCUUGCGGGUGCCCAACCCCAGCUCCAAGCGCAACGAGCAGAGAAUCGAGCUCUUCCAGAUCCUACGACCCGAUGAGCACAUCGCCAAGCAGCGCUAUAUCGGUGGCAAGAAUCUGCCCACAAGGGGCACUGCUGAGUGGCUGUCGUUUGACGUCACUGACACCGUGCGUGAGUGGCUGUUGCGGAGAGAGUCCAACUUGGGUCUGGAAAUCAGCAUUCACUGCCCAUGCCACACCUUUCAGCCCAAUGGAGACAUCCUGGAAAAUGUUCACGAGGUGAUGGAAAUCAAAUUCAAAGGGGUGGACAAUGAAGACGACCAUGGCCGGGGAGACCUGGGACGCCUCAAGAAGCAGAAGGAUCACCACAACCCUCACCUGAUCCUCAUGAUGAUUCCUCCACACCGACUCGACAGUCCGGGCCAGGGUGGGCAGAGGAAGAAGCGGGCGCUGGACACCAAUUACUGCUUCCGCAACCUGGAGGAGAACUGCUGUGUCCGCCCCCUCUACAUCGACUUCCGGCAGGAUCUGGGCUGGAAAUGGGUCCACGAGCCUAAGGGUUACUAUGCCAACUUCUGCUCGGGACCUUGCCCGUACCUCCGCAGUGCAGACACGACCCAUAGCACGGUGCUGGGACUGUACAACACCCUGAACCCGGAGGCGUCAGCCUCACCAUGCUGUGUGCCGCAGGACCUGGAGCCCCUCACCAUCCUGUACUAUGUCGGCAGGACCCCCAAGGUGGAGCAGCUGUCCAACAUGGUGGUGAAGUCGUGCAAGUGCAGCUGAGGCCAGCCUGCAACGGAGGAGGAAAAACUGCCACCACUGACUGCUGCUCCUUGGGAAACCAAAGCGACAGACCUCACUCUAGAGGCCUGGAGCCCGCAAGCCCUGGCUCCCGGCGAAUGGCCGAGAGGGAGGCUUCCUUCUGGAACAUUUCUUUCUGCUAGCUCUGAGAAUCACUGUGGUAAAGAAAGUGUGGGUUGGUUAGGGAAAGGCAAACUCUUGAGAACAUGGCAUUUCUGUGGUACAGACAGAGGUGGUGGGGUGGAGGAGAAAGGAUGCCGAGGCACCACGGUGUGUGGUAGUAGGACGGGGCUACCCUAGGGAGGAGGUUGGGUAGAGUGAGGGUCAGUGAGGGUCAGACUGGAAGGCUCUUCAGAUCUGAGGUCAGCUCUGCUCAUUGAAGUAUCACAUCUGCUCUAAGGGAUCAGGAUGACAUUAGAGGCGGCCGGCAUUUUUCUUCAGACAGGUUACCAAGACAAAGUCCCCCCCAGAGUCAGAUCUUGCACUGCCUGGGACUAAGGACAAUCCGUUCUUUUCGCAUACUGCCCUCUCACCAGUAUCAUGAAUCAUGACAGAUAAUGCAAUUAGUUUCUGGGCUAGCAACUAGCUAUCUCGAGUCCUCUGGAGAUGCCGAACUCAAAAGCCAAGGUCAGAAUUUGUUCUCGAGUCUUCCCUCGGGGCCCCUCCUUUUGCCUUCUCCUUGGUCGUAUUUCCCCAUGAACAUCUGGCUAGACACCUUCCAGGUAGGUCAGGGUUGGCUCUCUGGAUUGUGGGUCCACACAGCCUGGGGCAUCAGGGAUCAUUUCCCUCUUACCCUCUUAGACUCCAUGCUCCCCUGGGCUUCCUGGAAGCAGGUGCUACAUGCAAUAGUGUCUGGGGAGGCUGCGCAUGUCUGACGUGACGACUUGGCCCCAGAUGCACAGACUGAGGUAUAAAGACAAACACAAAUAUUACUCUCAAAAUCUUUGUAUAAAUAAAUAUUUUUGGGGAAUCAUGGAUGAUUUCAUCUUCUGGAAGGUUGCUUCUAGAAACAGUAAAAACCCUGUUCUAAGGUAGAUGUAUGUCAGACUCCAUAAAUGUCCUUUGCUUAAUUUCACAUUGGCAUCUACCUACCAGAGACAACAGUCCAGGCAGAGCAUCCCUCAUUGUUUGGCAUGAAUACACUGGGCCCACUGUUCUGCCUCUAGCACCUGAGAAGACUGCACCAUGUCUAGGCACACUUCCCUCUUGCAGGGUACACUAUUCUCAAACAUAGAGACAGUGGCUUAGAUGUGUAAAAAUUUAUAGCAAUCUUGUGGCCGGGGAGAGAUGGGCCAGUGGGGUAGGUGUCUGUACAAAUGGUACCCAAGUCUGGCUCUCUGGAACCCAUGCAAAAGUCAGGCAUAGCCAUGGCCAUCUGUAAUCUCAGUCCUGGGGACGGGGAAAGUGGCCUGGAGGCUCUCUGGCUAGCCAGUCUGGCUGAAAUUACAAAGUCCAGGUCAAUGAGAGAGCCUGUCUCAAGAAAUAAGGUGGCGAGGAACACACACACACACACAACCCCUCUGGAUAACUGUAUGGUGUGUACCCUUGUGUGUAGAAAUAUGCCAUUAGAUUCAAUCUAGAUGAUACACGCCAAUAGUUUUGGAAACCACGUCGAGCCUUGGAGAAGCCACAUGUGGCAGAUGGUUCCAAAUGAGACAGAUGCUGUUAGCAGAGGCAACCAGGAACUCCUUUUCAGACAGUGGGCCUCUUUAGAGGCAAGAGCUCCCAGGGCAAUGCAGAAUUCCACUGUGGCUUAGCAUUCAUCUACGGUCGUCUCUGAGCCAGCAGAGCAAGGAACCCUCUGGUCUUAGCAGCUAUAGAAAGCUACCAACAUGGGCACAGCCACCGAGGCACAACCACUGAUCUUACUAAAGCUGAAGCCUGCAGGUGGAAGGACAUAUGAGCGUGUGCAAACCUUGUUCUGAGUUCAAGACCCAACUCCUGAGGUUGGCCACUGCCUUAGUUAGGGCUUCUGUUGCUGUGAAGAAACACCAUGACCACGGCAAGUCUUA